AGCCUUUGUCUGUCUAUGUACUACAGCGUCUGCUUUGCUGGUUGCACACUUGACCCAGUCACCUGCCACUGGUGUCUCUCCUCACAGCUGCUUUCUGCUCUCUGCAGGGUCGUGGAGGCCAGCACCCUUCAGCAGGAGAGGCUGCAGGCCAUCGCGGAGAAGCGGAAGCGUCAGACGGAGAUCGAGAACAAAAGGCGGCAGCUCGAGGAUGACAGGCGGCAGCUGCAGCAUCUCAAGUCCAAGGCUCUGCGGGAGAGAUGGCUCCUGGAGGGGGCCCCGGCUUCUGCCUCCGAGGAGGAAGAGGCCAUGAAGAAACAGAUGCAGGAGGAUGAGGUGAAGACCAAGGAGCUGGAGGAAACCAUCCAGAGGCUGGAGAAGGAGCUGGAGACGCUGGAGAGCAGCAGCUCAGUGACUUCGACCAAGGAGAACCUGGCAGAGGCAGCAGCCAAGGAGGAGAAGGCUGAGGCUGUCCCCAAUGCGCAGAAGAGUCCCCUGGGCACAGUUAAGGCCGACAAGAGGCUCUCCAGCAGCCCCAUGAAGGCAGUGGAAGGCAGUGACAUGAUGAAGGCGGCCAUGUACUCGGUGGAGAUCACAGUGGAGAAGGACAGAGUGACUGGGGAGACCAAGGUCCUGUCCAGCACCACCAUGCUCCCCCAGAACCACUGUCUGCAGGGGGUCAAAGUGUACGAGGAUGAGCUGAAAGUGGUGCAUGCGGUGAGUGCCGAGGACGGGGCCCUGCAGAACGGGGGCCAGCCAGGUCCAGACCCUUGGCCUCUGCUGAACUGGGACUCUGAGGGUGACCUCGAAGCUGAGCAGUGGCCCCUGUUUGGGACAAGGUUGUCACAGGGGUGA